AUGGGAAAGUUAAUACGUCUUGAACUCUGCAAUUUCAAGUCCUACAAGGGAUCUCACACCCUCCUUUUUGGCGAUUCCUAUUUUACUUCUAUUAUCGGCCCAAAUGGCUCCGGAAAGUCCAAUUCUAUGGACGCAAUCUCCUUCGUUCUCGGCAUAAGAUCAUCCCAACUUCGUUCGACUGGUCUGAAAGACCUUGUGUAUCGUGGGAGGGUGUUGAAGACCUCAAAGAUCAACGAUGACGGUUCUGCGGCUGUCCCUGUUACAAAUGGACAAGCGAAUGGCGACGCCGACGGCUCAGACGAAGAAACACAAUCGCAGCGACCAGCGCGCAAUGAUCCUAAGAGCGCCUGGGUCAUGGCCGUCUAUGAGGAUGAUGCCGGCGACGAGCAGAAGUGGAAGCGGACUAUUACGCAUCAAGGGACAAGCGAGUACCGCAUCAACGACCGCUUGGUGACUCAGGCGGAAUACAAUGAAGCAUUGGAGGAAGAGAACAUUCUUAUUAAAGCCCGGAAUUUCCUGGUAUUCCAGGGUGAUGUUGAACAGAUUGCUUCACAGUCUCCCAAGGAUCUUACUAAACUCAUCGAAUUGGUUUCGGGCAGCUUAGAGUACAAGGCCGAAUACGAGCGCCUGCAAGAAGAGGCAGAGCAAGCUGCCGAGAACCAGAAUUACAACUUGCACCGUCGCCGAGGUAUCAACUCAGAGAUAAAGCAAUAUCAGGAACAGAAGAAGGAGGCCGAGGCAUUUCAAAACAAGCAAGAAGAGCGAGAUGAUGCCAUCGUUCAACACAUUCUUUGGAAACUAUACCACUUUCAACGUGUGAUGGAAGAGUCGAGUGCCAGUAUUGAGGAGCACCACUCAAACCUGAAGGAAUUCCGUCGGAAUGUCGACCAAUACCAGAAGGAAUUAGAGCAGGCCCGUCUCGCAGCAUCUGACGUCAACAAGAAGGUGACCAAGGUGGAGAAAAGUAUCAAGAAUAAGGAAAAGGAAAUCGAACAGAAGGAGAGCAGCCUAGUCCCGAUCGACGAGAAAAUCGGAAUUACUACGAGCACCAUUGAGAGGAUACAAAGGAGGCUGGAAGCUUUGUCUAAGGAACGUGGUGAAAACGAGAUCAAAAUCAAGGACUACAAGAAACAGUUAGUCACCGUCGAGAAAGCACAAAAGCAAUUCGAACUCCAAUGGCAAGAGACGUUGAAGAAACAAGGCAAGCAGCUGGACGAGGCGGAUCUCAAAGAGUACUAUAGUCUCAGAACUCAGGUCGUCACGAAGACAGCCAGCAACCAGUCCAAAUUAGACAACCUUGUUCGUCAGAUGAAGACAGAUGAAGUGACGGUCAAUAGUUUGAAGGGGAAGGUGGAAGCCUUCCAAGCCACCGUUGAGAAGCUGGAAGGGGAAGUCAAGUUCCUCCAAGAGCGGAAAGAGUCUACAAAAGCUUCUGUGACCGAGAUUUCGAAGGAGAUUGAUGCCAAGAAAAGGGAGUACAAUCAAAUACAGUCCGAACGCGUUCGCACCAACCAACUUCGCACUGAGCUCGACGAAAAAUUGCAAGAAAUUUUAAAGUCACUCACCGAUGCUAAUGCUAGCAGAAGGCAGAACGACAAGGAAGCACGAACCAGGGAAAUGAUUGUGUCUCUAAAGCGCAUCUUCCCAGGUGUUCGAGGGCGUGUUGGAGAACUCUGCAAGCCGAAGCUGCAUAAAUUUGACGAAGCUGUUAUCACUGCCCUUGGUCGAGACUUUGAUUCUGUUAUCGUGGAUACCGAGAAAACUGGUACCGAAUGUGUCCAGUAUCUUAAGGAUCAGCGCUUCUCUCCAAUGACUUUCAUUCCUCUAGACAACAUCAAGGUCACUGCAGUUGAUGCUAAUUUGAAAGGUCUGGCUAAAGCUCGCCUGACUAUUGACACUAUCGAAUUUGAUUCGUCUCUUGAGCGUGCAAUGGCAUAUGCUUGUGGAAGCUCAAUUGUUUGUGAUGAUCUUGCAACUGCAAAGCAAAUUUGCUACAAGAAAGGGAUCCAAGUCAAAGCAGUUACCAUGGAGGGCUUCGUGAUUCACAAGGCUGGUUUGAUGACUGGGGGUCGGGGGCCCGAGAAUGGCAACAAGCGCAAAUUCGAAGACCGAGAUGUCGAAAUUCUGCGAAGACAGCAGCAAAAGAUUCAGGAUCAAAUGGAGGCGCUUCCUAGAGUUAAUCGCAGGGGCGCAGCUGAAGAGACAUUGCAGAAUGACUUGACUGGACUGGAGCAACGUCUCGCCUACCAAAAGAGCGAACUUGCAGGUUUCGAGAAGAAUCUUGCGAGCAAGAAGAAAGAGUUGUCUCAUGAGGUGUCUCAAUUGAAGGAGAUGAAGCCCAAGUUUGAAGAGAAGCAGUCUUCACUUGAAAGCAUUCGGGGAACUGUACAGGAGUUCCGGGACGCUGUUGCCAAGGUUGAGGAUGGUAUAUUUGCAAGUUUCUGCAAGAGAUUAGGAUACUCAGAUAUUCGGAGCUAUGAAGCACAGCAAGGCAGUUUGGAACAAGAAGCUGCAGGGAAAAAGAACGCUUUUGCGGUCCAGAAGAAGAAAUUGGAGCAGAAUGUGAAUUGGGAGACUAAUCAAUUCAAAGAAUUGGAUACUCGAGUCAAGAAGUUGGAAGGACAAAUUGAGAACCUUGAGAAGGAUAUCGAAACGUACACUAAGGAAAAGGAAGAGCGAGAGGCAGCAAUCGAAGUCGACAAAUCGCAAGUGACGAGUUUAGAAGACGAACUGGCAAAACAGAAGGAAAAGCUUGCGGCAAGGAAUGAAAAGGUCAAUCAAGCCCGGGCCGAGGUUACAAAACGAAGCAAGGAGAUUGAGCAACGCACCAAAGCAAUCACUGCCUUGGAGACCGAGAUCCAACGAAAUAGCGCUGGCAGAUAUACUAUGCUACGACGUUGUAAGCUUGAGCAGAUUACGAUCCCAUUAACCGAGCAGUCACGAAAGCUUGAUAGUCUUCCAGUUAACGAAAAUCUUCUCCAGGCUGACCCUGAUGCAAUGGAUGUUGACGAGGACGAAGACGAAGAUGGAGAAGCAAUCCAGGAGGCAAUGAAGGACUACGGAAUCGAGGUUGACUUUGAAGGCCUCGAUGCCGAUCUCAAGACGCCCGAUGAAGAAGAUGUUGAAGAACAGUUGCUUCAGAAGAUCACCGACCUGAAUUCCGAACUUGAGAAACUCAACCCCAACAUGCGCGCUGUCGAUCGCCUGGAUGGCGUUGAAGCACGCCUGAAAUCCACAGAAAAAGACUUUGAAGAUGCUCGACAUCAGGCCAAGGAGUCCCGCGAUGCCUUUAACGAAGUUAAGGAGAAGCGUUUCGAGCUGUUCAACAAAGCCUUCUCACACAUUUCGGAACAAAUAUCUCACGUUUACAAGGACCUCACUCGCUCCGCUGCAUUUCCUCUUGGUGGCCAAGCCUACCUUGAUACUGAGGAUGGCGAUGCUCCGUAUCUUUCUGGCAUCAAGUAUCAUGCAAUGCCUCCAUUGAAGCGUUUCCGUGACAUGGAACAUCUGUCUGGUGGGGAGAAGACUAUGGCUGCUCUUGCUCUACUAUUCGCAGUCCAUUCGUAUCAACCAAGUCCCUUCUUCGUAUUGGACGAGGUCGAUGCAGCACUCGAUAAUGCAAACGUGGAGAAGAUCAUGAGCUAUAUCCGGGAGCAUGCUGGACCUGGAAUGCAGUUUAUUGUCAUCAGCUUGAAGACAGGUCUGUUCCAGGGCAGUGAGAGCUUGGUGGGUGUGUUCAGAGAUCAGGAGGCAAACAGCUCUAAGACGUUGACGCUGGAUUUGCGUAAAUACGCAUGA